GACUCUCACCACCGCUCCUCCUCCAUUUCCAUCUCAGUCAGCUCCAAGGGAGGAAGGAAGCCGUCAACCAUGUCCGGUCGCGGCAAGGGAGGGAAGGGCCUCGGCAAGGGCGGCGCCAAGCGUCACCGGAAGGUGCUGCGCGACAACAUCCAGGGCAUCACCAAGCCGGCCAUCCGGCGUCUGGCCAGGCGUGGCGGCGUGAAGCGCAUCUCGGGGCUCAUCUACGAGGAGACCCGCGGUGUGCUCAAGAUCUUCCUCGAGAACGUCAUCCGCGACGCCGUCACCUACACCGAGCACGCCCGCCGCAAGACCGUCACCGCCAUGGACGUCGUCUACGCGCUCAAGCGACAGGGACGCACCCUCUACGGAUUCGGCGGCUGACCUGCGCCCGCUGCUCCAGUCUCCAUCGAGUAGGCUCUGCUAGCUGCUGCGGCUGUUUCUGGUGCUGUGGUUUCGUUUCUGAAUUCUGAGUGUGUGCGUGCGUUGUUGUUCCAUCUGUCCGUGUAGCUAGUGGAAGGCGAUGGAUCUGAAUGCAGUCAGUUGGUCAGAGUGCGUGUGUUGGUUGUCCUGCCGGUCUCUGUAGCCAGUUCCUCAGUUGCAAUGGGAGGUGAUGAAUAUGAAUGCAAUGCGAUUGUUGGUUCUCUGUA